UACAAGGGCAAAUAGCUCCCCCAAGUCCCGCAGAGCCCGGCUAUGGUGUUUUCCUCUCCACUGUGGCUCGUGGAAAGAAGGUGGGAGGAGAGAUUCCAUCUUAAAGCAGAUGAUCUGAGCGGAAGGGAAGGCUCCAUCCUUCUUACUGCCCAUGCAACCAGCCAGCCAUGUAAUCAGAGCAGCCCAAAAGCUGAGCAUCCUGCCAGCGCUCGCUCCUUGCCCAGGCGGCUGCUGACUGCGGCUUUUCUCCUUCCCCCCUUUUUGCUUUCUUCAGGAUUAAGCCUUUUAUUUGCAAUCUCAGCCGCUGACAAUUCUUGUCAAUAAAUGAGGAAGCAUCAUGCUGACCAGUAUCGCCGAUGGGAUCAUGUGUUGCCUGAUGGGCAAGACAACCAACGCAGUGGGGCCCGUGGACAGCGUUGAGUCCAGCGACGGCUACAGCUUCCUGGAGGUGAAGCCUGGGAGAGUCCUGCGGGUGAAACACACCCUGCCCACCCACCGGCCCGAGGACGGGCCCGAGGAGGGGCCCAAGCGGGGCGUGGUGCACUGUAAGCGCAAGAUCACCCUCUACCGCAAUGGGCAGCUGGUGAUCGAGAACCUGGGCGAUGCGAUCCGCUCCGAGCUCCUGCACUGCCAGAACGGCCCUGUGGAGCCCCAGAGCACCAUGGAACUGGAGCUCUCGGACGUUGCCGGCAAUGCCUCCACCCAGGGCACUGCUGCCAACCCAGGCUCCGGCGCCCGGCAGGCUCCAGCGCCCAGCAGGCGCCGGAAACGCAAGCCCAAGAAGGUUGUCAACAUCGACUGCAAGAAGCAGAUCAGCAGCUGCAAGGGGACGCAGAGCGACGUGGUGCUGUUCUUCAUCCACGGCGUGGGCGGCUCCCUGGACAUCUGGAAGGAGCAGCUGGACUUCUUCAGCAAGCUGGGCUACGAGGUGGUGGCCCCGGACCUGGCCGGACAUGGCUCUAGCUCUGCCCCGGAGAUCGCGGCCGCCUACACCUUCUACGCCCUGGCCGAGGACAUGAGGGCCGUCUUCAAGCGCUAUGCAAAGAAGAGGAACAUCCUGAUAGGCCACUCGUAUGGGGUUUCCUUCUGCACCUUCCUAGCCCAUGAGUACCCAGACCUGGUCCACAAGGUGAUCAUGAUCAAUGGGGGCGGCCCCACCGCGCUGGAGCCCAGCCUGUGCUCCAUUUUCAACAUGCCAACCUGCAUCCUUCACUGCCUGUCCCCCUGCCUGGCCUGGAGCUUCCUCAAGGCUGGCUUCGCUCGCCAGGGUGCCAAAGAGAAACAGCUGCUCAAGGAAGGCAACGCCUUCAACGUCUCCUCCUUUGUCCUGCGGGCCAUGAUGAGCGGCCAGUACUGGCCAGAGGGCGACGAGGUCUAUCACGCCGAGCUCACCGUGCCAGUGCUGCUGGUGCACGGCAUGCAUGACAAGUUUGUGCCAGUGGAGGAGGAUCAGCGGAUGGCCGAGAUCCUGCUGCUCGCGUUCCUGAAGGUGAUUGACGAGGGCAGUCACAUGGUGAUGAUGGAGUGUCCGGAGACGGUGAACACCCUGCUCCACGAGUUCCUGCUGUGGGAGCCCGAGACGCCCGCCAGGGAAGGGCGAGAAGUGGAGAAGAAAUAAGCCAGGCAGCGAGUGGUGACCCGGCUGCGGUGCUGCUUUGGCGGGAGGGACAUUUUGACGUGGAGAGAGAUGGGGUCUGAGUGCCGACACAGAGGGGGUGUGGUGGAAAGCCCCCCCCCACAUAUGGAGCUGUUUCCUUCCCUAGAUACAGCUGGAUUGGAAGCUGGGCUGGCUGGCAGCUAAGCACAAUGGCUUCAAGGGGCUGGCGUGUGCAGGCUGGCGGCAGGAGUAGGGGUGCACUCCCUGGGAGGCCAUGGCUGCUGCUGGAGCAUCUUCAUCCUGUUUCCUUGUAGUAUAAUUUCUCUCAUGCAAUGGCCCCAUUUGGGGCAGGGGGUAGAGAAGCGAGACUGUGGGGAGGAGCUCAGACCGGUUCCUCUGCUCCUCAGAGCAUCCCACCUCCCAGUCACCAAAGGGGGGCUUUAAGGGGGAAGCCAAGAGAUGAGGAUGGCUCUGCCCCCUAGACAAAGCCACAAGGGGCAGCAUCUUCCCAGGAGCUCUUAGCAACUAGAUCCCCCCUUUGCUUCGGCUGAACGUGUGCCAGCCCCGGGCAGCUGGAGCCGCUUGCCGGAGGGCCAGUGGUGGGCUUGACCCUGCCUGACACAGGAGCUGCCCCAAGGAGCUCACAACCCGACGGGUGUGCGGCUUUUGUCCCGGCGAGAAGAGGCAGAGAAGUGAGCACUGGUCACCGCAUGUCUGGCUGGUAGCAGAGCACGGCAGGAGAGUGACUGGUGGGGCCAGACUCCGAAGAGCAGCCCUAGUGCCUGGCUCUGGCACAGAGGGGCGGCUCCUGCCAACCGCUAGCUGCCCUGCCUUGGGACAGGGCCCCUAGAUCUGCUUGACAGGAGGGGGCAGCUCAGCAAAGGACGAGCUGUCCAGCAGCAGGCUCUCCUGUUAUUUCGCAGCACCCCCCAGGCACACCUUCCACCUCCUGAACCACCAGAGCUUUAGGUACCUUUCCCCUGGCUUCAUCCACACUACGACCGUUUCCCCACACAACCUUCAGUGAACCAAUGAGGCCGGAGGAGGGUCUUGGGAACUGAUUUUGAAGCUGCCCCCUGAUCAGUCAGACCGGAGGUCAAUGACACUGCAUCCGGAUGCACUGCGACUCCAAACUGCUCCCUUCACUGUGGCCAGGCCCUGCCUCAGAGCAUUUUCCUCGCCUGCUGAGCGGCUCCUGAGCACACAGUUUGGUAGCCCUGCCGGAAGCUGAGCGCAUACGCAUGCAAAGCGGAGAGGGAGCCGUGACAUGUCAUCUUCUAGCCAUUAACACACUGUGUCCGUCCAGCCCCGUUAGUGUUGCCUUUUGCAUCAAAACCUGUCGAGUAAUCUAGCCCAGGGUUAGGGUGGGGAGGGGAACGCUGCAAGUAAUGGAAGAAAAUCAGUCACGUUCCUGUAGCUGCAAGUACUAUGGAAAAACAACCCUUGGACCUGGUCCAUGUGGCUUUUCCUCGAGCCUGGCAAAUCCAGCAGUGGGGCAGGCACCGUCUGGGAGGGGCUGAGUCCGCUGCAGAACAGGGGCUAUGAAGAGUUGAAAGUUGAGUUCUGAGGCCAUCCUCCACUUUGACAGCAGCAACCAUUUCAUCCAUUCCACCGCGGGGUGCACAGGAGCUGGGGCCCGUUUAACAGUGUCCAGCUGCAAGCCAGACUGACCCAGAGUCUCCCCCCACCCCUCAUUUUCAGCGACUAGGAGUGAGGGGAUGGGUGGGGGCUGCUAUGUGCCAAAGGCCUGGCUGGGACAGCCGUGCUGGCCUUCUGUCGGCUCCCUGUAUAGGCUGUCAGCUGGCAAUAAUCCAGCGUGGGGAAGGAGGAACAGCGCUUCGUGGGCAUACGGCUGCACAGCCAACCCUGUGCGACAUCGCCUGGGCCACCAGAGCCCACGCCGGGCUCAGGGAUCUCCCUUCCCUGCUCUGUCAUCAAAACCAAAGAGAUACAAACGAGCUCCUGCACUCUGCAGAGAAUGGAAUGGGGUGGGGCGGGGCAGAUCUUCGCCCCGAGAACAAAGGUUGAGCCGAUCCUCCACUGGAGCCAGAUCGAGUUGCUGGAAGGACCUUGGGGGGCCUCGAGUGCCACUAGCCCCCUGCUCUUCUGCACAGCCAGGGCUGAGGUGCUUCCAAAGUGCCAGGCCAUGAGAGGGGCUUCUGCGCCCACCUGUGUGACAGCACCGCUGCUCCAGGCACGCUUGGCCCUGCCAUGGACUGCAGCGGCCGUGGGCCAAGACAAAAGCCACUGCUGAGCUUGGCUCGUCCCCGGGGAGCACAGCCCCAGGGCCUCUGACACGACAAUGGUAACGGCCAAAAGCCUAGCGAUGGCCCAGAACAUAACUCAUCUCCUGAGACAGCAGCUUCUAGUGGGGAGGAAGCCUGAGUGUGGCAACCCACCAUAUGCGAGAGCAACCCGACUCCCUGCCCGCGGCUCCCCGGGAACCAGCGGGUUUUGAUCACUGACUGAAGGGCGUCACGCCCGGGUGCUCCUGACCCAUGCAGCCGUGGUGAACUGGCGCCUGCCCAGGGCUCUGCUCUCCGUACUGGCUUGUCUCAUAAUGAGAAUUUUAACGACUUUACAGGUCCAUUUACACAGUAGAUUUUGCCUCCAGUGAAUUGUGUGACCAAGUGGCUGCUAUUAACCUGGGGAGGCAGGAAUUUCUAGACUAAUGCCAUCUAGACACCCUCAUCAGCAGUGACAUGUCUGGACGACCCCCGGGUUACAGCAUCUCUAUUAUCCUUUGUGUCCUUAAUUCUUAGUGGCCGCUACCUAGCACUUCAGCCUUCUCAUGUUUUCUUUCAGACCAGCUGCAGAAAUGUGCAGAGAGCUGUCAUAACCUUCCCUUUGCAAACUGAAUCCUCGGCAGUUAUUGCUCUGGGGCUCGGAGGCACUUUGCUUUUGAAUGAAACGUAGAAAUGGUCAGGACAGAUCCUCCAGCUCCUUAGGACAGCGCAGGGGGAUGGUAACCUGUGCUCUAGUCCAGUCCCACUCUGGGUAAUUACUUCGUGCCUGCUUAAAAUUAACUCCGCCAUUUCCAGUUGAAACUGUUGCGCAGCCUUUUGCUGCAUGCUAUAAAACAGCUGCUGCAUUUCGGUGGGCAGUGAACUUAUCCCGCUGUGGGUCAGACAGCCCUGGCUCACUGGACACUACAAACGGAUUCUCUUUGCAGGGGAUUUGCAUGGGCAUCUCGGAGAGAAGCAGCAACUCAGCCAGCCCUGGGCCCGAGCAGCAAGAAAACGACACAGCAGCUUCCAAGGAGGAAGGACUAAAUGGCAGACCGGCUCCUGGCUCUAGUUCAUAGUUCUCAUGGGGUCCGGAAACGCUAACACCGAGGGAUCUGUCAGACAUACCCCGGAAUAAGGAAUGUGCAGUAACAAUCCCAUUGCCAGGAGUGGGUUUGCACUGGACCCUGUGCUGAGUGCAGCCUGGGCGAUGGCUGCAGCACCAGCCAGGCAAAGGAGAAAAGUCCCUGUAGCUCAAAGAAACCUCUGCUUACUGCAGUAGACAGACGUGUCUCCCUCCCACCCCCCAACACGGGCAGCAGUGGGCAGCCAUGGACCAUGGCAAAGCAAGAAGCCCUGCACCCAAUUCCUCCUCCCUGACACCAGUGGGUAUAAAAUGCUACCCACUCCAAACAGCACCACCUUAGCACUGGGGUUAAGGGCUGCCCCAGGUGUGGGGUGAAGAGGAUGUGGGUCACCUGGGUGCAGCCCUGUCCCCCCCGUUCCCCUCACCAUUAGAGCAGGGUGUGUUCAACUAGCCCCACUGAUGGAGGGCGGGAAGCUGUUCUCCGGUGAGGAGGGAGGGAGAAAAGGCCAAUGCUUUGGUUUAGGUUCUCUCCGCUAGGUGCAAGGGUGAGCUUCCCAGAGAACUGUCUCUAACCACCAGCACCAGGCAGGCUGUGGCCCUGCAGACGGAAGCCUGCUGCUGGCACUGGUCUGCCAGGCUGGCUGAUUUGACCAUGAACAGUCCCUCCCUACAGCUGGGCCCCAAGAGAGGCUUCCCCCGGCCUCCUGAUUUGUACUUGGAAACACAGGGUUGACCUUGCCGCUUCUUUUAAGUGUCUGUUGCCAUGAAUUCCGCAGUCUGUGCCGCUUGUACCUGACCCUGCUUGUGCUGAAGCAAAAGGGAAGUUGUGCGCUGUAAUCCACCCUGUAAAGAUGAAACCCUAACCUGUGAGCGUGCCAUUUCAUACAGUAAAGAGUGAUUCUAUUCUCGGCAUCCGUGACUUUAUUGACACAGUGAUGGGCUCCUGCAGCCCUGGGGCAGAGUCUGCUCUGUGCUCAGACAUAGGCCAGAGUCUGUCACUGCCACUCUGUCACUGCUGGUCACAAGGAGAGUCCCACUGGGUUUUAAAGCAUGAGCAAGGGAGCAGAGUGUCUCACAGGCCAGGCAGGAGUCUUAUUGCUCUCCAAGGAGCCUGUUAGAGCUAGGGCUGAGAACAGCCCAGAGCGGUUCAGAGGGGUGGGAGAAAACCAGCUCUUAGCCUGAAGAUUGCUACAGCACAAUGGACCAAAGAGAUUAAAAUGUGGGAGAGAAGGAACAGGGAAGCCCAACACCUCUCCCUGCUUCAGGAGGGGAG